GAGCAAAGAGCUUUUGCAUAUCAGUUCAAGCUCUUACACCUCCAACAACCACCACUUUUGCUUCAUUGAUUUGUCAUUAAACAUUGUAUUAGAGUGAGGGCGAUCUAUCAGUACAGACUUGGACAGUCCUCUUGGAAUUACACAACAAUUUUGAGUCGCUGCAUCGGCGCACCUCCAAUAUGGAAAGCUUCGAUAAUAUCUACCUCGACCUGUCCAAACAGUCUGGGAAAUGCAAACUUGCAGAAAGUGGGAUGGGAUGGCGACCAUCAGGCGGUGGAGAUACAUUCACUUUGGAUAGCAGCAACAUUGGAGCUGCGCAAUGGAGUCGAGCCGCCAAAGGAUUUGAGCUGAAAAUUUUAUCGCGGACUUCAGGUGUCAUCCAACUGGAUGGAUUUGACCAAGAGGACUUUGAGCGAUUGAGUAGAGCCUUCAAAGUUUGGUACGGUGUCGCCAUCGAACAACGAGAACAUGCUAUCCGAGGCUGGAACUGGGGAAAAGCAGAAUUCACUAAAGCCGAACUCGCCUUCAACGUCCAAAAUCGUCCCGCAUUUGAAAUUCCUUACUCUGAGAUUUCGAACACAAACCUGGCGGGUAAGAACGAAGUCGCCGUCGAGUUCGCUUUACCAGCAGACGAAAAGGCAAAUGGCCAUAUCGAGGGAAGCACAAAAAACCGCGGCCGGAAAGCUGCAGCUGGUCCUGAUGAGCUAGUUGAGAUGCGAUUCUACAUUCCUGGUACUGCACUUAAAAAGGAGAAGGCUGAAGGCGACGGUGCUAAAAAAGAAGGAAGCGAGGAAGAGGGCGAAGAGGAGGCCGAGGAACAGAAUGCUGCUAACCUCUUCUACGAGACACUUAUGGAUAAGGCCGAGAUAGGAGAUGUUGCAGGAGAUACAUUCGCCACCUUCUUGGAUGUCCUCCAUCUUACACCUAGAGGUCGAUUCGAUAUCGAUAUGUAUGAGGCGUCAUUCCGUUUGCGCGGUAAGACCUACGACUACAAGAUUCAGUACUCCUCGAUAAAGAAGUUCUUCUUGCUGCCCAAGAACGACGAAAUGCACACUUUGAUUGUUCUUGGUCUGGAUCCCCCUCUUCGACAGGGUCAAACAAGAUAUCCUUUCUUGGUUAUGCAAUUGAAACUUGACGAAGAAGUUAGCAUAGAGUUGAACAUGACAGAGGAACUUUUGCGGGAGCGCUACAAAGACAAACUCGAACCGCGAUAUGAGGAACCAAUUCACCAAGUCAUCACAAAGAUCUUCCGCGGCUUGUCCGGAAAGAAAGUCAUCAUGCCAUCGAAGGACUUUGUCAGCCAUCACGGCCACAGCGGAGUUAAGUGCUCGAUUAAAGCAAACGAGGGACUUUUGUAUUUUCUGGAUAAGAGUCUCAUGUUUGUCCCUAAGCCGGCGACGUACGUCCAGAUCGAGAACAUCUCGGUGGUCACCAUGUCCCGUGUCGGUGGAGCGAUCUCUGCCAGCAGGACGUUUGAUAUCACAGUCAGUCUGAAGGGAGGACUGGGAGAACAUCAAUUCAGCAAUAUCAAUCGUGAGGAACAACAGCCGCUCGAGGAAUUCUUCAAAGCGAAGAACAUCCGAAUCAAGAAUGAAAUGGUUGACGACUCGGCCGCACUUAUCAAAGCAGCGCUUGAAAACGACGACCUGUCCACUGACGAGGAUGUCCGUCCUGACCGUGGCUCCGCCGACGAAGACGAGGAGUCUGUCGAUGAAGACUUCCAUGCUGACUCCGACUCCGACGUCGCCGAAGAAUAUGACUCUGCACACGAAAGUAGCGGUAGCGGAAGUGGCAGCGAUGCUGAAAUGGAUGAUCCAGAUGAAGACGAUGCCGUGGAUGAUGAAAUGGACGAAGAGGAAGAAGAGCGACCGAAGAAGAAAUCGAAAGUCGGCAAAUAAGCCGUUGGUCUUUUUACAUAUUAGACAGAUGUAUUCUGGCCCUACAAUCGAAUCAGGCCACUUCAUUUCAGACCAGACCAGGUGGUGGGAAGAAAGCAGGGAGAGCCAUUGUAUCCUCCAACUCUUCACCACUUAGUUAUCACGUCACUCAUAUUUUCAGACAAAAAGGUUCCCCCUAGAGUUUUGAUAUAUCAGAAAUGUUGAGAUGCAUAGGGUUGGCUAUUUCUUCAGUUCUCGUGUGCGCAUUUUACUUUCUUCUUUACCAAAUCGUUUGGUUAUGAUGACACAACCCAUUCUGCAUAUCGAUCAGAAAAAGUGCGUUCUAUAAUCUUCAUUCACUCUAAUCCAACUCUUGGAUGGAACUAUUUACGAACCUGGCCUGUGGAGUACCUACUUCGAGGUAUUUGAUCCAUGGAUGAUGGUCCCAUAUCAAAUUAAGCCCUAACUACCUUCUCACCUCGCAUGUCAUCCACCCACCAAAUGAUUAACUUAAAGAAUCACGGUCGACGAAGGAUUUGCCAAUUUGGGAACCUUUAAGCAGCCAUCAAGAGAGCUUUGUAGAUUUGAAAGCUUAGAGAGUAAGGAAUGUAACACGUGGCAGGCUUCGGGGGCUGACUGCCUUCU